AUGUCUGGCAUAAUUCCUGAGUCAACACGGGCACUAGUCAUUAAGAAGUGCUCCGCGGAAGCAAAGCCUAUCUACCAUGAUGCUGUCCUGGAGACACGUCCACUGCAGCAACUAAAACAAGGAGAAGUCCUUGUGAAAAUGGGAGCCGUGUCGUUCAAUCAUCGAGAUCUUUGGAUACGCCUUGGACAAUAUCCAGGUAUCAACUUUGGAGUCGCCUUCGGUGCUGAUGGAGCAGGCACGGUAGUUGCAUCGGCAGAUUCAAAUGAUGUACUGCUGAACAAACGCCCGGAUGCGCCAGAAACCGAAAGAGGUUUCGGAAUCCUUGGAGGUGGACGCAACCCUCCGUUAGGGACGUUUGCCGAAUACGUCGUGGUGGAGAGAAAUCAGGUCAUUCGUUCUCCGGAUCAUCUUGAUGACGUUCAAGUCUCGGCUUGGCCUCUUGGUGGCCUAACUGCUUGGAGAGCCGCGAUUGUCAAUGCUGAAGCCUCGAAAGACCAAAAUAUUCUUAUUACCGGAAUCGGUGGAGGAGUGGCACUUCUUGCCAUGCAACUUUGUCUAGCCAAAGGCGCUAGUGUCUAUGUUACGAGUGGUAGCGAGGAAAAAAUCCGGAAAGCAACCGCUCUUGGAGCCAAGGGCGGAGUAAACUACAAAUUAAAGGAUUGGCCAUCGCAUCUCGUUGCCCUUCUGGCAAAAAACAGCGGAAAAUCCGCGAAGAUUGAUGCAGUUAUUGACUCCGGCGGCGGAGAUAUUAUGACACAAGUAAACAGUAUCUUAAAACAAGGCGGCAAAGUCGUGGUCUAUGGGAUGACCGCAAAUCCCCAAAUCAAGUUCACCAUGCGAGAAGUGCUUAAGAAUCAACGGCUUAUCGGUUCGACGAUGGGCUCCCUCAAGGAUCUCACAGACGCCACAAUGUUUGGACUGGAAGCUGCAGAAGAAGGCUUCGAGCUCAUGAAACGCGGGGAUCAGUUUGGAAAAAUUGUCAUUCGGAUUAAUGACAAGGCCAAUGCCAAGUUAUGA